AUGUCAAGGACAAGCGGUAUCAUUGUCACCGUUCAGACUUUCGGCGGUAGUGGAUCUUGUUACGUGUGUGCAGUGUUUCUGGAUCGGUAUUACGGCCCUUGGAAAAAGGGCGCUCUAAAGAGAGUAUGCGUUCCCAAAGAAAUUUGGACAAACCAUCCCAAUGUCUUCCGUUACUUGAAUAUUGCGGUCAGCAGUGUCCCUUACUACAGUCACAAAUUUCAAGCGGUUGCUUUCGGCGAGCUGAUAAACCUGCUGGACCACAUACUAAACCAGUCCGUUGUCGUCCUCCAAGUGGCGGCCAAUAACCCGACUGGAUGCGAUCUUUCUCAAGCCCAGUGGAAUUUCCUAGUCGAUGUCUUUCGCCAAAAAGGCCACUUCGCUUUCUUCGAUGCAGCCUAUCUAGGGUUGGCCUCUGGUAACCACGAUAGGGACAGCGCAAACGGGGGCAAUGCCAGUGUUCGGAUCGACACUCAUCGAGUCGAUUCUUGGCUGUGA